AUGGGCGGCAGAGCCCUGCUCCUCUGGCUGACGCUCUCCCACACGGCUAUUCUCCAUGAAGCAGGUUGCUCCAGGAGGCACGGCAAGGAGAGGCCUCAGAAGGGGCCCCCUCAGCUCUUCAUGAAGUCCGCCGUCGACCCAGCCCUGGAGCAGCGAGAAGACUGGCUGCCUGUGAAGCUGCUGGAAGGUUCCGGAAGGUGCUCUGGCCGCGUGGAGGUGUACUUCGAGGGCGAGUGGUGCACGGUGUGUGACGACCUGUGGGACGAGACGGAGGCGCAGGUGGUGUGCCGGCAGCUGGGCUGCGGGGCGGCCCUGUCCGCGCCGGGGGAGGCCCACUUCGGCCCGGGCAGCGGCCCCAUCCUCCUGGACAACGUGCAGUGCUCGGGCACCGAGGCCUACCUGGGCCAGUGCGCCCACGCCGGCUGGUUCUCCCACAACUGCGGGCACACCGAGGACGCGGGCGUCAUCUGCUCGGACUGGCCCCAACUGCAGCUAGUGAACGGGUCAGGCCGGUGCUCUGGACGCGUGGAAGUUUUCUACCAAGGCCAGUGGGGCAGGGUUUGUGAUGACCACUGGGACAUGAACGAAGCCGACGUGGUAUGCCGGCAGCUGAACUGCGGGCGGGCUCUGGCCGCCCCCGGUGAGGCCAGGUUUGGUGAAGGAGAAGGCGAGUUUCUGCUGGAUGACGUGGACUGCACGGGAAGAGAGAGCUUCCUGGGCCAGUGUCCACACACGGACUGGGCCGUGCACAACUGUGAGAGCGCCGAAGGGUCGCCGGCCUUGCCCCAAGUGUGUGACGACGGCUGGACCCUGGCCGAGGCACAGGUGGUGUGCCGGCAGCUCGGCUGUGGCCAGGCAGUAGCGGCCCCCCUGGACGCCCACUUUGGCCCCGGCCUUGGGACCAUUCUGCUGGACAACGUACACUGCAGCGGUGAGGAAGGCGACCUGGCGCUCUGUGCCCACGACCCCUGGUUCUCCCACAACUGCGGCCACAUGGAGGAUGCCGGGGCCACCUGCUCAGGAAGAAUCGCUAACAUCUGCAUCAUCAUCACCUUCCAUUUCAACUUUGUUAUCUUCAUCUGCAGCAUCUCAGCCAUUGUCAUCACUGCCGCAACCAUCAUCAUCUUCGUGGUCACCACUGGCACCACCACCGCCACUAUCACCAUCGUCGUCCCCACCGCCACGGUCAGCAGCCGAGUCACCGUCACCCGCGCCACCAUUGUUACCAGCACCGCCAACACCUCUACCAGCCAAAUCUACCCAGAGAGCAGCCCCCGGUGCCGGCCGUGGGUCAGGAAGAAGCAGGGCCGCAGCCCGGGGCCAUGGUGUGAGGAAGAGGAGGACGCCCCGGCUCUGAGGCGCGAGCCCUGGGGCGCUGGGCCCCCCGCGAGGCUGGUCGGGGGCCCCGGGAGCUGCGCGGGCCGCGUGGAGCUGUUCUACGAGGGCGUCUGGGGCACGGUCUGCGAUGACCUCUGGGACCUGCCCGGAGCCGCCGUCGUCUGCAGGCAGCUGGGCUGCGGCCGGGCCGUGUCCGCCCCGGGGGAGGCCUACUUUGGAGAAGGUUCCGGAAAGAUCCUCCUGGACAACGUGCACUGUGAGGGCUCGGAGCGGCACCUGGGGGAGUGCUCGCACGUCGGCUGGUUCUCGCACAACUGCGCGCACGCGGAAGACGCCGGCGCCGUCUGCUCAGAUGCUGAGGACGCCGCGGCCACGGGCACAGGGAAGUUUCCGUGUGGCGGCGUCAUUACGAACUCAUCGGGCUCCAUCAGGAACCCCCCCAAGAACGAAAUGCACGACAACGUGACCUGCGUGUGGCAGAUCAAGGCCAACGCGUCCGACCAUAUCUUGCUGGCGUUUCCAUACCUCAACCUCGACUGCACCAAUGAGUACUUCGAAAUCCUGGACGGGCCGCCCUCCUCCACCAAGUCCAUCGCGAAGACCUGCGCCGGCUCCUACCUCAAAUACGCCUCGACCUCCAACAUCAUGACCCUCAUCUACUUCCGGAGCUUCAACAACAUCGGGAAGAACUUCGUCGCUUACUACUAUUCCGCGGCCAAAGCCAUCCCGACGGACACCCCCAUGCUGGUGACAGCGAGGCCAGGCAACUGGCCGGAGCUGCGGCUGGUGGGCGGCUCGGGCCGGUGCUCCGGGCGCGUGGAGGUGCUGCACCAGGGGGCCUGGGGCACCGUGUGUGACGACCUGUGGGACCUGAACGAGGCCGAGGUGGUGUGCCGGCAGCUGGGCUGCGGCCGGGCCGUGUCCGCCCUGGGCAAGGCCCACUUCGGCCCGGGCUCCGGGGACAUCUUCCUGGACAACCUGCAGUGCGCCGGCGUGGAGCGCUCCCUGGACCAGUGCGCCCACUCGGGCUGGUCUGAGCACAACUGCGGGCACCACGAGGACGCCGGCGUCAUCUGCUCGGCCUGCCAGGGACAAACAUGGUCCCCAAACACGUGGCCGGGCUCACACACCGUAUCUCUGUCUGCAGGGGACUGGCCGGCGCUGCGGCUGGCGGGAAGCUCAGGCCGGUGCUCCGGGCGCGUGGAGAUCCUCUACGAAGGGGCCUGGGGCACCGUGUGUGACGACCUGUGGGACCUGAACGAGGCCGAGGUGGUGUGCCGGCAGCUGGGCUGCGGCCGGGCCAUCUCGGCCCUGGGCAGGGCCCACUUCGGCCAGGGCUCUGGGAACAUCUUCCUGGACAACCUGCAGUGCUCUGGGCUGGAGCACUUCCUGGGCCAGUGCGCCCACUCGGGCUGGUCUGAGCACAACUGCGGGCACCACGAGGACGCCGGCGUCAUCUGCUCAGAUAAUGGCCCGGAGCUGCGGCUGGUGGACGGCUCGGGCCGGUGCUCUGGACGCCUAGAGGUGCUGCAUGACGGGGCCUGGGGCACCGUGUGUGACGACCUGUGGGACCUGAACGAGGCCAAAGUGGUGUGCCGGCAGCUGGGCUGCGGGUGGGCCAUCGCCGCCCCCGGGAAGGCCCACUUCGGCCCUGGUUCCGGCGACAUCGUCCUGGACAACAUUCAGUGCUCCGGGAGCGAGUCCCAUCUGGGCCAGUGCCCCAGCUCGGGCUGGUCCGACCACAACUGCGGCCACCACGAGGACGCUGGUGUCAUCUGCUCAGACGCCGGGGAGUGGGCUCCAGAGCUGGCCUCCGCGCCCCCAGGAGGAAGCAACUCUUGUGGCGGCAUCAUGUCCAGCCUCUCGGGCUCCUUCUCCAGCCCAUGGUACCCCGCGAACUACCCCACCAGCGUGGAGUGUGUCUGGGUGAUCCACGUGGCGGAGAAGUUCCACAUCGAACUGAAGAUCCCGAGUCUGAAGCUGGAGGACAUCUACGGGUGCCCUUACGACUUCAUCGAGGUGUUCGACGGGCGGGAGAUGGCGCCGCUGUCCAUGGGCAGGUACUGCGCGGGCACGGAGCUCACCUUCUACUCCUCCUCCAACCUCGUCACCGCCGUCUUCAGGAGCGACGCCAUGGUCACCAACAAGGGCUUCUACGCGCUCUACAACACCCUGAAGCAAGACGAGAGGGAGAGCGGUGGAACCGUCCCAAGCCCGGUGCUCCCUCCCCCCCCCCCCCCCGCAGGCCUGGCCCUUCGGCUGGUGAACGGCAGCCACCGCUGCGAGGGCCGCGUGGAGGUGUCCUACAAUGGCACGUGGGGCACCGUGUGUGACGACAGCUGGGACCUGGCCGACGCCAGGGUGGUGUGCCAGCAGCUGGGCUGCGGCGAGGCCCUGUCGGCGCCCGUGCAGAGCUACUUCGACGGCGGCACCGGCCACAUCCUGCUGGACGACGUGCAGUGCCUGGGGCGCGAGGCCAAGGUGUGGCAGUGUCUGCACAACGGCUGGUUCUCCCACAACUGCGGGCACCACGAGGACGCCAGCGCCAUCUGCUCGGAGCUGAGCGGCGACGGCCCCCCCCACAGGCAGCUGCAUCUCCCUCUGGCAGAUGAGAACUUCCAGUGCGGCGGCCUGCUCACAAACAGCUCGGGCACCUUCUCCAGCCCCUGGUACCCCAAGAAGUACCCGACCAACGUGGUGUGUGCCUGGGACAUCCUCGUGGACAGCAGGGCUCACAUCAAACUCACGUUUGACGUGGUGAAGAUGGAAAACUUCUAUGGCUGCCCCUACGACUUCAUCGAGAUCUUCGACGGCCCGCAGAGCGAGUCUUUCUCCCUGGGGAGGUUCUGCUCGGGGACCACCCCCAUCUUCACCUCGUCCUCCAACCGCCUGACUGUGGUCUUCCACAGCGACGCCAUCGUCACCAACGUCGGCUUCUACGCCUCCUACACGUCACUUGUGCAAGACGAGAAUGACACGGCGCCCCCCGCCACCAGUAGGGGGCGCCCCGGAGAGCCGGUCAGCGCAGAGGAAGUGCCCAGCACCCGCGUGGUGACCCGCGUGUCCCCGGCAGAUGUGGCCCUGCGCCUGGCGGACGGCGGCCACCGCUGCGAGGGCCGCGUGGAGCUGCGGUACAACGGCUCCUGGGGCAGCGUGUGCGACGACGGCUGGGACCUGCGCGAGGCCCACGUGGUGUGCGCGCAGCUGGGCUGCGGCCGGGCCGUGGCGGCCCCCGGGCGCGCGCGCUUCCACCGGGGCCAGGGGCCCAUCGCGCUGGACGACGUGGAGUGCGCGGGCACCGAGGCGCGCCUGUGGCAGUGUCUGCACAGCGGCUGGUUCGCGCACAACUGCGGGCACCACGAGGACGCCGGGGUCAUCUGCGCAGAUGCCUUGCCAGACCCCCAGUCGUCGGCUGUUGUGAGCGCCCCAACAGGUAAUGCCUGA